AUGGCUCGGAAAGGCAGCCGGAAAACCAGAACGGGAUGCAUCACCUGCAAAAUUCGCAAAGUCAAGUGCGACGAGACGAAGCCGGCAUGCAACCGCUGCAUGGCCACCGGCCGCCACUGCGACGGCUACUUGCCCACCGGCAGCAUGUCAGCAAGACACACAAAUUCAGCUCUCCGCUUGUAUCGGCCAGAAGGAUUUCCAGGGAUAAGGACCGCUGGAGAGAGCCGAGCUUUGCAGUACUUCUGUCAAGAAGCUGGCCCGCAACUGUCAGGCGCGGUAGACCCCCUUUUCAUGUCGAAACUCGUCAUGCAAUUUACUAGCUACGAGCCUGCUGCUCGACACGCCGUCCUAGCCAUCAGCACUCUCACCGAGCAACUACACGGCGGCACUUGUGGUCCGUUGGUCCGAAUACAGGACCAAGAGUUCGCACUUCAUCAUUACAAUGCUGCGAUCAACGACAUUAGGAAGCUGAAGUCACCAGAAACACAUCCAGUGGUGCUGCUUGUGUGCAUCCUCUUUAUCUGCAUCGAUGUCCUGCAGGAGAAUCGAAAGAUGGUCAUUCAGCACUGCAAGCACGGGUUUGCCCUUCUCAAGCACACUACAUUCGAAUACGCCUGGACAAAGCAGUAUCUUUUGCCUCUCUUUCGAAGAGUCGCCGCCACCUCGUUCAUAUGGGCAGAUGACCCUUCAGAUUUCCCGGACCUAGAUGGCCUAGAGCAUCCCAUGCCUGAUGGAUUCUUCAACUUUGCCGAUGCCCAGGCCAUGAUCGAUGAUGUCUUCAGCCGGACGCUUCGACUCGUGCGGCGAGGGGAUCCGUAUCGCAUUCGUCCAGAAACGAAUGGGGCACCGCCCCAAGAAUUGUUAACCGAGCAAAGCCAAAUCAGACGAUUGCUGGAACAGUGGGAGCUGCUAAUGGAAGAUUUCGAGGCUCGUCCGCUGUCCCCGCCUGGGAGAGAGUCCCCGACGACAGAGAACUUGACCAAGACCCUCCGAUUCAUUCUCCGCUGUCGCUUCGAAUCCUGCAAGAUAUGGUUGAACAUGGCGUUAGACCCAGAGGUCUACGAUCACGCCAAGCACAUGGACACCUUCGUCGAGAUGUUGGAAGAUCUCGGGGUCACAGAUCCUGAAUUUCUCGAUGGGUUUCGACGGUCACCAAGUUUUAUGUGCGAUGCCGGCUAUGUGCCCAUGAUCGUACUGACAUCUGCAAAAUGUGCCCAUUUGGAGUCAAGGUUGUCGGCUUUGAAGUUGGUACCGGUCCCAGGACUGCCAAGGGAGCUUUUGUGCCUUCCAGCGCACGCAUGGGGCUGCCCGGAAGUCAAGGACCUGCCUCAAGUAAUUCAAACCUCGACGGAGGAUGCCGAUACAGCACCUAACGAUGUAAUGGAAAUGAGUACAUAA